AUGGCUACCGUUGUAGAGAAGACGGCUGAUGGAAUCAUCUAUCGUUCCGAGAAAUGCUACCCGAUCCCUGACCUCGAUGUACUAACGCUUCUAUUCGCCACCUCAGCCGCCCUCCGCAAGCACUUUGGUAUCGGCGCCUAUGGCCCAGGAAGAGAUGUGUGCUCCGUUAUCUCAACAGGCCACUACCUCCUCCCUGUUCUCGCGUAUGGAAUUAUCGGAGCAGGCGGUAUCUUCUCCGCUGCCUCCGCAGCAAGCACAGCCAGCGAACUAGCCAAGCAACUACAAGGUGCCAGCUCGAAGAUUCUUGUCACUUGUCAAGCUACCCUGGAGACUACGAUCAGAGCUGCAGAGGACGCUGGGUGGGGUCAGGGUGGAGGCGGGCGCGUACUGCUUAUGAGUGAGGGGAGGGAAUGGACGUUGAAGAUUGUUGGUAAAGAUGGGAGGCCGGGGCAGAACAUCAUUGAUGGAGGAGAUUUACUGCCGUGGACGCGAAUUACGGAUCGGAAAGAGCUGGACGAGAGUUUGAUAGUGCUGAUUUAUAGCUCCGGAACGACUGGAUUACCCAAGGGAGUAAAGCUUUCACACCGCAAUAUUGUGAGCCAGACUGUUAGUACGGGGGAUAUGAUGAAGGCGUGGGUGAAAGAGAAACGUCCGGGUUUUGAAUACCGGACAAUCGCCCACCUCCCCACCGCCCACAUAGCCGGCGUACAAGGCUACCUCAUAAACCCCUUCUACCUCGGCGGAACCGUAUACUGGAUGCCGCGCUUCGACUGCCCCUCCUUUCUAUCCUACAACGCCCUCUACCGCAUAACCUUCUUCUUCACCGUCCCCCCCAUCCUUCUCCUAAUCGCCAAAAGUCCCCUAGCAACCACCCAAUUCGCUUCCCUAGAAUUUUGUGUUUCAGGUGCCGCGCCACUAGGACGAGACCUCCAAUACGCGGCGAGCCAGAAACUUGGUGGUGAGGAGUGUUUUGAACUCAUCAAGUACAAGGGUCUACAGGUCGCGCCGGCGGAGUUGGAAGCCGUGUUGCUCAGUCAUCCGCUCGUGCUGGAUGCCGCUGUUAUUGGGGUGCUGACAGAAGAUGGGACGAAUGAGGUGCCGAGAGCAUACGUUGUCGCUGACAAGAGUAAGAUCUCGUCUAAAGACGUUGUUGAAUUCGUCAAGGGGAAGGUUGCUGGGCAUAAACAGUUGAGGGGAGGUCAACAAAACCAGUGGAUCCAGGAUAUCCUCCCAACCCUCCAGAACGAGGCAGAUCAAAUCGACCAGAUUGCAAAGAUAAGAGGAUGGUUCCGUCCAAAAGAAGACAGCGCGUACUACCCGUUGAUCCAAGACUACCUCAGCGAGAAGAUCGACGUGAAAGAAGCGACGGCGCGCAUACUCGGACCGAUUGAUGAAAAGAUCAAGGAGGCCAAACUCGACGAUGUCGACUUCAUGGACCUAUGGACCAGCAUCAUUCACUCAGCAAGACGAUCAACAUUCCGCGACGGCGCCCGAACACAGCACCACCAACUCAUCGAGUUGCUCGAAGCAUUCAAGAAGCACUCAAUACCGGGCAACAAGGAGUAUGACUACCUCUACAAGGAAAUGACCGACUUUGGCAUGGCCUGUCGUGAGGCCUUCAACGACGCGCCGGCCGCUCACGAAGGCUUCAUCGAGACGGAGGUGCAAGCUUGGACGAACAUGAACUACUUCUUCGCCUUUGUAGCAAGGGAACAUAUCUACGAUCUCUCCAUGUACGCCAUCUUCGCGCUGCGGGAAGCUCUCGAGACACCUCCCAUCGAUGAGCCGAUGUCGACAGCCAACCAAAAAUACGACGCAAACGUUCCCGCAGCUGCAGCUUGGAUAAUAGCCUACGGCCACGACCUCUUCCGCAUGGAAAAGGAUCUCACGCCUACUGAUAAAAAGCAAGGCAACCCAGGACGCGGCGGCGAACUGUGGAAGGGCAAAAGCGAGUUCAGCAAAGAAAGAUGGGCGCUCUGGAAAGAGCGGUUCGCGGCGAUCGCGGAGAUGGAGGGUGUCAGAGAGGAAACGAGGCUCGAUGCCAAGGAUGCGAUAGAAGGCAUGGAGAGGAGCCAGACGUAUGAGCUCAUGAGGUAA